AUGCCGGAUGACGUAUGGUCUGGGAGCUCCACAUGCUCCCUGUCGAGCGACGGCAUGUCUGUCAGGAAAGACAUGACGACCGGGUUUCAUAGGGCCUGGCCGCACUGCGCUGCGAAGGAGAUGGAUCUCGAAAUCAACGAGAAAAUACCCCAGAAUGAUACUACGGAGGUUGCGGGUGUAACGAAGAUCAAAGCCGUGGAGGCUGUGGGGGGAAAGACGGGGAAAUACAUCAUGUAUGCUGGACUGGCGAUGGUCAUGGUCAUCUAUGAACUGGACAAUUCAACGGUUGGGACAUAUCGAAACUUUGCGACUUCCGAUUUCCAUCAACUUGGGAUGCUGGCCACCCUGAACACCGCGGCAAGCAUUAUCACGGCCAUCUUCAAGCCGCCUAUCGCUAAAUUGUCGGACGUGCUCGGGCGAGGCGAGGCAUACAUCAUCGCCCUGACGUUCUACAUACUCUCGUACAUUCUCUGCGCCUCGUCAAAGUCAUUCAAUACUUAUGCCGGUGGCUAUGUCUUAUACUCCAUUGGCCAGGCUGGGAUGGCUAUUCUCAACUCGAUAAUCGUGUCAGAUCUGUCUUCGAUGCGCUGGAGAGGCUUUGCUUACAACAUUCUGUAUAUACCAUUUCUGGUCACGCCGUGGGUAUCUGCUUUCAUCGUUGACAGCGUAGUCGGCGGAAUUGGAUGGCGCUGGGGAGUUGGCAUGUUCGGCAUUUUAAUGCCGUUUUGCGCGAGCUUCAUCAUCAUCACGCUGCUUAUCUUCCAGCGGCGAGCCAGACGCCAAGGCCUCAUUCUUAAUGAGCAGCUCACCAUGUAUAGCUUUUGCUCGCGGAUUGACCUUGGAGGCAUUCUUCUUCUCAGCGGUGGCUUUGCGCUGGUCUUGAUUCCAAUUACUCUCGCAGCUACCGCGUCCGACCGAUGGUCAACACCCUGGGUGGACGCUCUGAUCGUGCUAGGCGCACUGGUUCUGGUGUCCCUUGUCCCAUAUGAGAAGUACGUUUCGCGCCAUCCAGUUGUCCCCGUGCGGUAUCUGCGGACACUCUCUGUUGUCAUCUCUUUUCUGCUCGGCUGCAUUGACAAUAUCGGAUAUGGCGCUACGCACACUUACCUUUUUGUCUGGUCUAUGGUUGCGCGCAACUUUUCUCCCCGAGAUGCUCAAUUCCUCACCUACACCAAUGGAGUUUCCCAGGCGCUGAUGGGAAUGGGGACUGGUCUUCUCAUGUAUCGGUAUCGUACCUACAAGUGGAUUGGCGUUGCAGGUGCAGUUAUCCGGUUGGUCGGAUACGGAGUGAUGGUUCGCCUGCGCACAAAUGAAAGCUCCAUUGCGGAACUCUUCAUUGUGCAGCUCGUUCAGGGAAUUGGUAGCGGCAUCAUCGAAACUAUAAUUAUUGUCGCGGCGCAGAUAUCAGUUCCUCACGCAGAAUUAGCCCAAGUCACGUCCCUCGUAAUGCUUGGUACGUUCUUAGGAAAUGGAAUCGGGUCUGCUGUAGCCGGGGCAAUUUAUACAAAUCAGCUCCGCGAUCGCCUGGAGAUACACCUUGGGCCAGGUGCCGCCGAGGGCCAGCUCGCUACGCUGUAUAACUCGAUUACUGAUCGUCUGCCGGACUGGGGAACUGAUGAGCGCACCGCGGUUAAUCAAGCAUAUUCCGACGUCAUGGGAUAUAUCACAAUUGCGGCCCUGGCAUUUGCCGUCCCAAUCGUUAUCCUAUCUAUUUUCCUUCCUAACAAGAAGCUUGGCGACGGGCAUAAUCUCGUGCAGGGCCCCUCAGAUAGUUCUCGAUCGGACUCGCUUGAUACCGAAAAAUCGGAAGCCUGA